UGAGUACUUUUCUUUUUCUACAACACAACAAAUUUAACUUGUUCAUUCGUUGUGAGUUUUCGUAUACAACUUGCAGAUGAAUUUUCGUAGAUCUAUAAAACGCUGACUUGACAGGCUUCAGACCUAGUUAAAGUUUGCGUUAUCAAAUCUACAUAUUUCUUAAGAAGAACGAUUGAAUAUAACCACAAGUCUUCGUUGAAUUUUAGAAGAUAUUGGUAGACAGAUCAGUUUUGCUUUUAUGAGGAGCUAUACAAAGAAUUAUUCUAUUUGUUAAUUUAUUUUGUUUCUCCAUUCAGAGGUUUUGCACGGUUAUUCUUACAAUCUCAGGUGAAGAUCAACGUGUUGGUCCUGUUUUAUUAUUCAAAGGGAAGGGUCACAUUUCGCCUGAUGAACAAAAACAAUAUGCUAAUGAUGUCAAAGUGUUCUUCACUCCGGAAGGCGUUAUCAAUAUUCCAACGAUGAACAAAUAUAAUGAAUGGUUCAUUUCCAAGGUAAGACAUCUCUAAGUUUUCUGAAUAGAACUCUUCCGAAUUAUACAUUCGAUCCAGCUACAGUUGAUUCAUCAUUAAUACAUAUUGAUGAACCUGAAGACGAUGAUGAAGAACAACAACAAAUUGAAAUUCAAGCAAAAAUAGCUGAAGAUCAGGACAAAAAGUUAUCACAACAGAAAAAUAAACAAUUAAAAUUAACUCAUUUUUGGAAAAAGUAG